AUGUUAAAAAGGGUUGGUUAUGUGGCUUAUGAGUUAGAGUUGCCAGCAGAACUAGCAGUGGUUCAUCUAGUCUUUCACAUUUCCUUGUUGAAGAAGUGUGUGAGUGAUACGGCAUCGAUAAUACCAUUAGAGAAUGUGGUUGUGGAUGAUAGUCUCACUUAUGAAAAGGUGUUAGUUGAAUUUCUUAACUGUGAGAUUCGUAGGUUGAGAAAUAAGAAAGUCGUUUCAGUAAAGGUUUUGUUGAGGAAUCAGUUCGUAAAGGGAGCUACAUGGGAAGCAGAAGCAGCCAUGAUGGCCAAGUAUCCUUACCUUUUUCUUUCUGAUUCCAUUUCAGCUUGA